AGGCAGUGGAAGAAGUACGUAGGCUUCGACAGCUGGGACAUGUCCGGCGAGGGCAAUUCCGACAUCUUCCCUGGGCCCAUCGACAACUCGGGUCUCUUUGGCGAUCCGGAAACUCAGAGUUUAAAAGAACACCUCAUUGAUCAGCUAGAUUACAUAUUGGUUCCCACCGAAGCCUGGAACAAACUGCUGGCAUGGUAUGGCUGCAUAGAUGGGCAGCAGCCUAUCGAGAGAAAAGUAGUGGAAUAUGGUCCGUUUGUGAAGCACUAUGAAGUUGAAGUUUAUCUUCUUGAGCUCAAGCUGUGCGAGAUCACCGAUCUUGACAACGUGAUUAGCUGCCACUUCAGCAAAGCAGAUACUCUUGCUACUGUCGAGAAAGAAAUGAGAAAACUAUUU